AUGUUCUCCAUCACCACUCACCCGAACACUGCCCGCGCCCCUACAGCAGUUACCGAUGACCCCGUGGACUGGGGUUUCUGGUUAGUAUCAGAGGAAGACGAGGAGGCUCCUGAUUCUCCACAAGAGCCCCCCCAGGCGGAAGCCACUGCGAGCAAUUCCUCCAUCCCCGGGCCAUCCGUUGUCCCACCCUCCAUCCCCAUCUCGAACCCUGUGUCCACCGCCAUCUCUAACACACCCUCCACCACCAUCUCGAACACAGCCUCCACCACCAUCUCGAACACACCCUCCAACGCCAUUUCAAACACACUCUCCAUCGCCAUCUCGAACCAACAAGAAGGAUCGACGCUGACGGCGACGAUGACGGACGACACAGACGAUGUUGUCAAAGGAGGGCAAGGGACACCCACCAAAAACCACCCACCGUCGUCGAGCACGAAAGAGAACAUCCUCCCUCCACCAUCCUCCACCUCCAAUUCACCCGCACGCCGACGGAUCGAUCGGCAAGACACGAUCCCUCCCUCGACGGCAGUCUCUCGGCCUCCUGUACCGACGACUGGGUUCACUUUCGGCAAGAGGUCUUACAGCGAAUUUUUCGAGGAGAUCAGUCAGAACAGAGACCCCGUUCCGGACACCGCCAAGACACCUCUCCUACACGCUCCAGCCUCCCUACCGACCGUAGACAACACACCCAUCGAUCCCACUCCUCAUCCAUCCUCAUCCACCCUACUCUCACCAGCGUUGGAGGGUCACUCUCCCUCUGCGAACAAUGUCUCCCGCCGGCAUCGCACCCUGCGCCGAAAGAGGGCGGCUAGAUCUAACGCUCCUGCUUCGGUAUCUGAAGACGAUCCCCUCACCCUCAGGAUCUUGUUUGCCUUAGAGGCCGUAAAACCACGGUUUAGGGUCGGGUCAGAUUUAUUCGACCUUGACCCGGAUUAUGCAACCGAAAUUCCCUGCCAAUGGGAUCUGUCUACCGGUGGACACAGCCGUCAUGACAUCUACACGGAGAAGUCGGGUGCGUAUAAGCACCUCAAGGAGCAGCACAGCGUCGGGUCUGCCAUUAAUGGUGCGGUGCCUGUGAGGGUCACUUGCCAGUGGGGUGACCACUGUCGCAGGAGCAUCAAGCUGGAGUCAUUAGCCCGCCACAUAGAGAGCCAUGUCAGCGGCUCCGUUUACUGUCAGCUCUGCAGGGAGUGGAGAAAUGAGCGUGGGCAACCUGCCCGCUGUAUUGGCCACCUCCGAAAGCAGUGUUCCUUCACUCGAGAAGGGGCUACUACCUUGGAGGAGUUACACGCCAAGCUCGUCGAGCUCGAUAUCAUCACGGCCGAGGAAAACCUUCCUGUCGUCCCUUCUUCCCCUGUCCUCCCCGCCCAAGCCUCGUCGUCCACAUCCCAACCCGGCCCUUCCUCCAUCGCCGGCCCUUCCUCCAUCCCCUCCGCCUCCACCGCCACUAGUCACUUCGUCGCGCAAACCUCGGGUGGUGGUAACAAGCGCAGGAGGGUGAAGUAG